ACAGCGAAGAAGAAUCACUGUUUACUGCACUGUGUUUAAACAGUGUUAGCAUGACUUCAGUUUGUCUGAUUUAGACAUGAUUUCUCAUUUCAACUUUAAUUCUGAGACUAAAACAUGAACGACACGGAGAAACGAGAGCACGUGAAUUUUCUGUCCGACUCUUCAGCGCCGAUGAAGCAGAGUUUAGGAGACAGUGAGCAGACAGAAGAUGACCGACAGAGAGCCGUGGAGAAGAGAGGACCAUACAUCAUGUCCAAAGCUCCGAGUUUACACAUGAAACUUCAGAAACACAGAGACGCUGCCAGAAGAGCCCUAGAGAAGAGAGGCUUCAGUUCAGACAGACCUGUGCUUCAACAACCCCGGCACAAACUAAAGACUUUGAUGUUUAAUAAGGGCUACACUGCUCUGAGUCAGACAGGAGAAGAUUAUCUGAUCGCUCUGGAUUCAGACAGUGAGACAGAACUGGACUGCUCGUCUGGAUAUUCUUCAGCUGAGGUGCAUCCAGACCUGAGCAGACAGCUGUUGAAGGACGGAUAUCAUCUGGAUGAGAUACCUGAUGAUGAAGAUCUGGACCUGAUCCCCCCUAAAGCCCUGACUCCGUCUGUCUGCUGCUGUUCACAUACGUCAUCCUGUUGUGUGCAGUGAGGGACGCCCGCACAACCCCAGCACUGAACACUCAAUCUGACUUUACUGGAGAAGAGCUUGAUUGACAUGUUACACUCCUGUGAGGUCACUUCUGCUUGUGAAACAAAGUUUCCCCAGGAAAUUUUAAAAAUCAUUUAUUUUAUUUGUCAUACUUCAGUCCCACUGUACUUUCAUGAAAACACACCUGACUUAUAAAUGAUAUUUUGUGUGAAAGAAUAUGAAGCUUUUUUUAAUCAUUAGAUUUUUUGGAUCGAAACAUUUUUCUUACAAUGAAGCACCUCCUCCCCUGCGGUAGAAAUACUGUAAGAUUAUUGAUUUAAAUCAGAAUACAGUAAAAGCAGUACGACAUAUGCUACAAUAAUGCAUAACAACAUCAUCAUUUCACAUCGCACUUAUGAAAGAUGGGGUAAUAUGUUGUUUUAGAUGUCAUGAACAUGUCACAGUGAAAAACUCUUAAUGUUUCUCAACUUAAUAUUCUUCAGGAAAAAAUCUUGUGUACUUUUUACUCGGCUAUGGAGUUUCAUUACUUGAAGACAAGAUUUGGCAGUUUUGGUGUUUCUCUCUGAUAAAAGUGUGUUUAGUAAGGUUUUCAUAAUGUAUUCCCUUUAUAAGCUUUUCAAACUUUGCGAAUUCAGCAAAAACACAGAACUUAAAGCUUUAUUCUAGAUAUGUGUGUCAGAAAGCAGCUGACACUCCUUCAGUGUUCAGCGCUGGAGAAUAUUUGCAUUUGUCAUGAAGUGAGUUAGAUGUGAGUUGUUACGUUAGUUAAAUGUGUGCUGUGAGACAUGAGGUUGUUGUAUUACAUUUAGACUUGUAUCAUGAAGAAUUUGUAAGUACCCUAAAACAUUUUUUCUUGAGUAUUACGCGAAUAUAUAUUUUGUAACAGUUGUGUGUAAUGUGUGUAUGUUUUCUGGAAGAGUGUUUUGGUUGAGCAUCUUACUGGACAAUCUACAACACUAUGCAACAAAACACUUUUAAUUCUUUACUUUGUAGAUGCAUAUUAGUUACUGACUAUAACAUGCAAUAACUCUAGUUACUUUUUCUUUGUUUUGUUUUUUGCAAAAACAAUAUAACUUGUAUUGAACUUUAUUUGUGAAAUUAAAGGAAACGUAACUAAAACUCUACCUACGAUUGA